CCUGCGUGUCUCGUCUUGCAGCAUCUAUUUUUGUGCAGUCAUAUUCUUUUCAAAUUAUCCGAGCUCCCUAAUCUCCUCUCAGGCUCCUAAUGAUGAAGUCAGUAAUAGGAUUGGGGGUAUUAAUUUGGGACAGUAAUGCCAGCUGCAGGCUGCGUGGCGUAUGGGUGAGGGGCGACCUUGCAGGUUGGCCAGCCUGUGCUGGUUUUGAUCUGAUCUCUGGGGAACGUGAGUUGGCUUUUACCAGAGCAGCGCGGUCCCUGUAGGACGCCAUGGCAGGGGCGCUGGAUGCUGUGCUGGACAGAGUGAAGGACGUGUGUAAGAGGAAUGGGCUGCUUAUCCUCUCUGUACUCUCCGUUAUUGUGGGAUGCCUUCUGGGAUUCUUCCUCAGGACUCGGCGGCUGACGGAACAGGAGAUCAGCUACUUUCAGUUCCCCGGAGAGCUCCUCAUGCGGAUGCUGAAGAUGCUGAUCCUGCCUCUCGUGGUAUCAAGCUUGAUGUCGGGCUUGGCCGCCCUGGAUGCUAAGACGUCGAGUCGCUUGGGCAUUAUCACCAUUGCAUAUUACCUGUGGACCACCUUUGUGGCGGUGAUCGUGGGAAUCAUCAUGGUCUCCAUCAUCCAUCCGGGGGGUGCGGCGCAGAAAGAGAACACUGGGCACAGCGGGAAGCCGGUGAUGAGCUCAGCGGACGCACUGCUGGACCUGAUCCGGAACAUGUUUCCUUCCAAUCUGGUGGAGGCAACCUUUAAACAGUACCGCACCAAGAACGUGCCGAUAGUGCGGAGCGGGAAGACGACGUCCUCGGAGAGCAUAACGCACAGGAUCCUCAUCUAUGGCAUCCAGGAUGAGAACGGCUCACACAUACAGAACUUCGCUCUGGACAUUACGCCGUCCCCAGAUGUCGUCUACAAGUCGGAGCCGGGGACCAGCGAGGGGAUGAACGUCCUGGGCAUUGUCAUAUUCUCUGCCACCAUGGGUAUAAUGUUGGGCCGCAUGGGGACAAGCGGAGUCCCUCUGGUCAGCGUCUGCCAGUGCCUCAAUGAGUCCGUCAUGAAGAUUGUGGCUGUGGCUGUGUGGUACUUUCCUUUCGGGAUUGUCUUCCUUAUCGCAGGCAAGAUCCUGGAGAUGGAUGACCCCACGGCCAUAGGGAAGAAGCUUGGAUUUUAUGCCAUCACGGUGGUGUGCGGCCUAGUGGUGCACGGCCUCUUCAUCCUCCCCCUCAUGUACCUAUUUAUCACCAAAAAGAAUCCCAUCGUCUUUAUCCGGGGAGUGCUGCAGGCUCUGCUGAUAGCAUUGGCCACGUCCUCCAGUUCUGCCACGCUGCCAAUAACAUUUAAAUGUCUGCUAGAGAACAAUCACAUAGACAGACGCAUCGCCAGGUUUGUGCUGCCCGUCGGGGCCACCAUCAACAUGGACGGGACCGCCCUAUAUGAAGCCGUAGCCGCCAUCUUUAUCGCACAAGUGAACAACUACGAGCUAGACUUCGGCCAGCUCAUCACCAUCAGCAUCACAGCUACAGCGGCCAGCAUCGGAGCGGCAGGAAUACCCCAAGCUGGACUGGUAACCAUGGUGAUUGUAUUGACCUCUGUCGGCCUGCCCACUGAUGACAUCACCCUCAUCAUCGCGGUGGACUGGGCGCUAGACAGAUUCCGGACAAUGAUUAAUGUGCUCGGGGACGCGCUGGCUGCCGGGAUAAUGGCGCACAUCUGCAGGAAAGACUUUGCACGGCAGAGUGAGGAGGUUCCUCUGAUCUGCGAGACCAAGCCAAUAAGCAUCCACCAGAUCAUGGCGUACCAGCGGAAUGGCUGCGUGAAGUCCCGGAGCGCCCCGCACUUGUCUCAUACAGCGCAGGAGUUCCAUCAUGUUCAGGUGGACCCUGAGCCCAAAGUCCCUGAACCAGCAGAUAAAUGCUCAGAUAAAGACCACUGUACCAUAGAGAUCAGCGAGCUGGAGACCAAUGUGUAACAUGAGACAGCUGACAAGGUCCUAUGUGCAGCCAGUCCCAGCUGGCGGGUGUCACUGACCUGCCCUGUCCCAGCUGGCGGGUGUCACUGACCUGCCCUGUCCCUGCUGGCGGGUGUCACUGACCUGCCCUGUCCCUGCUGGCGGGUGUCACUGACCUUCCCUGUCCCUGCUGGCGGGUGUCAGUGACCUGCCCUGUCCCUGCUGGCGGGUGUCAGUGACCUGUCCUGUCCCUGCUGAUGGAUGUCACUGACCUGUCCUGUCCCAGCUGGCGGAUAUCACUGACCUGCCCUGUCCCUGCUGGCGGGUGUCAGUGACCUUCCCUGUCCCUGCUGGCGGGUGUCAGUGACCUGUCCUGUCCCUGCUGGUGGGUGUCACUGACCUUCCCUGUCCCUGCUGGCAGGUGUCACUGACCUGUCCUGUCCCAGCUGGCGGGUGUCACUGACCUGUCCUGUCCCUGCUGGCGGAUAUCACUGACCUGCCCUGUCCCUGCUGGCGGAUAUCACUGACCUGUCCUUUCCCUGCUGGCGGAUGUCACUGACCUGUCCUGUCCCUGCUGGCGGAUGUUACUGACCUGUCCUGUCCCAGCUGGUGGAUGUCACUGACCUGUCCUGUCCCCGCUGGCGGAUGUCACUGACCUGUCCUGUCCCUGCUGGCGGAUGUUACUGACCUGUCCUGUCCCAGCUGGUGGAUGUCACUGACCUGUCCUGUCCCUGCUGGCGGAUAUCACUGACCUGCCCUGUCCCAGCUGGUGGAUGUCACUGACCUGUCCUGUCCCUGCUGGCGGAUAUCACUGACCUGCCCUGUCCCAGCUGGCGGAUGUCACUGACCUGUCCUGUCCCUGCUGGCGGAUGUUACUGACCUGUCCUGUCCCAGCUGGUGGAUGUCACUGACCUGUCCUGUCCCUGCUGGCAGAUGUCACUGACCCGUCCUGUCCCUGCUGGCAGAUGUCACUGACCUGUCCUGUCCCAGCUGGCGGGUGUCACUGACCUGUCCUGUCCCUGCUGGCGGAUAUCACUGACCUGCCCUGUCCCUGCUGGCGGGUGUCACUGACCUGCCCUGUCCCUGCUGGCGGGUGUCACUGACCUGCCCUGUCCCAGCUGGUGGAUGUCACUGACCUGUCCUGUCCCAGCUGGUGGAUGUCACUGACCUGUCCUGUCCCUGCUGGCGGGUGUCACUGACCUGCCCUGUCCCUGCUGUCACUGACCUGUCCUGUCCCUGCUGGCGGAUGUCACUGACCUGUCCUUUCCUUGCUGGUGGAUGUCACUGACCUGUCCUGUCCCCGAUGGCGGAUGUCACUGACCUGUCCUGUCCCCACUGAUGGAUGUCACUGACCUGUCCUGUCCCCGCUGGCGGAUGUCACUGACCUGUCCUUGCUGAUAUGGAUGUCACUGACCUGUCCUGUCCCUGCUGGCGGAUAUCACUGACCUGCCCUGUCCCUGCUGGUGGAUGUUACUAACCUGCCCUGUCCCUGCUGGUGGGUGUCACUGACCUGUCCUGUCCCUGCUGGCGGAUGUCACUGACCUGUCCUGUCCCUGCUGAUGGAUGUCACUGACCUGUCCUGUCCCUGCUGGCGGAUAUCACUGACCUGCCCUGUCCCUGCUGGUGGAUGUUACUGACCUGCCCUGUCCCUGCUGGUGGGUGUCACUGACCUGCCCUGUCCCUGCUGGCGCAUAUCACUGACCUGCCCUGUCCCUUGUCACUGACCUGCCCUGUCCCUGCUGGCGGAUGUCACUGACCUGUUCUGUCCUUGCUGGUGGAUGUCACUGACCUGUCCUGUCCCUGCUGAUGGAUGUCACUGGCCUGUCCUGUCCCUGCUGGCGGAUGUCACUGACCUGUCCUGUCCCCGCUGAUGGAUGUCACUGGCCUGCCCUGUCCCUGCUGAUGGAUGUCACUGACCUGCCCUGUCCCUGCUGGCGGAUGUCACUGUCCUGUCCCCGCUGAUGGAUGUCACUGGCCUGCCCUGUCCCUGCUGUCACUGACCUGCCCUGUCCCUGCUGGCGGAUGUCACUGGCCUGCCCUGUCCCUGCUGAUGGAUGUCACUGACCUGCCCUGUCCCUGCUGGCGGAUGUCACUGACCUGUCUUGUCCCUUCUGUCACUGACCUGCCCUGUCCCUGUUGAUGGAUGUUACUGACCUGCCCUGUCCCUGCUGGUGGGUGUCACUGACCUGUCAUGUCCCUGCUGGCGGAUAUCACUGACCUGCCCUGUCCCUUGUCACUGACCUGCCCUGUCCCUUGUCACUGACCUGCCCUGUCCCUGCUGGUGACAUCAGAUGAUGUAUGGGCACAUCAUGUCUGGUAGCUGCGAGUGCAUUAUACAGAUGCAGCACAAAGGACACAUGAUGCUGACACUGUCUGGUCCCCUCUCUGUUAUAUAUGUAUCUGCAGUGUACAGUGUAUAUGGGGACUGUAUUACCACUCUGUAUAACUGUAAUUGCCAUCCUCGGCUGUGUAUAUGACUUAUAAAAGGAGUUUAAGUGAUUGGUCGGAAAAACAAAAGACGCUCUGAAAACAUUAAAUGUUUCAUAAAAAAUAAAAGAGGUAAAAUCAG